CUGUGACAGUGCGAAGCGUCUCCAGCCCUUCCUCCCCUCACUCCUCUUUUUAUAACCUCCCGUACUACACAGCAGACCUCCUUCUCCUCCGCCUCUCCUCCUCAUCCUCCCUCUCUCUCCUCCUCCUGCUCCUGCUGCUGCUGCACUUUCCCUUCUCUUUCUUCAGCUACGGCUCCCGGGACUGACUGUCUGCCAGGCCGCGGUCACUCCAGCGUGGAUCCGACCACAGACAGAGAGAGUGUGUGUGUGUGAGUGAAAGUGUGUGUGUGUGUGUGUGUGAAAGUGUGUGUGAGGGAGUGCGUUCUCCGCCGCUCUCUCUCUCUCCUCGGCCAUGACUCUGGAAGCGAUCCGCUACCGGGCCGGUUCCCUGCAGAUCCUCAACCAGCUGCUGCUGCCGCACCAGACCUCGUACGAGGAGCUGCGCACGGUGCAGGACGCGUACGAGGCCAUCAAGUCCAUGAAGGUGCGUGGCGCGCCGGCCAUCGCCAUCGUCGGCUGCCUCAGCCUGGCCGUGGAGCUGCGUGCAGGUGCCGGCGGCGAUGACCCUGUGGCCUUCAUCAGGGAGUCUCUGUGUCACCUGACUUCAGCCAGGCCCACCGCUGUCAACAUGGGCCGCGCCGCCCGCGAGCUGAUGGAGUUUGCUGAGAACGAGAGCAUGGAGAAGAACUCGGAGCAGCUCAGAGAAAGUGUAAUUGCCUGGAUCGAAGACAUGCUGGAGCGUGACGUCAAUGACAACAAGAAGAUCGGUAACUACGGCGCCCAGCAUAUCCUGUCCGGCGUCCCGAGGGACUCAGUGACCAUCCUCACACACUGCAACACCGGCUCGCUGGCCACGGCUGGAUACGGGACCGCACUGGGCGUGGUGCGAAGCCUCCAUGCGCUGGGGAGGCUGAAACGUGUGUACUGCACAGAGACGAGACCAUACAACCAGGGGUCCAGGCUGACAGCGUAUGAGGCAGUAGCAGAGAAAAUCCCUGCUACUCUUAUAACAGACAGCAUGGCAGCGCUCACCAUGAGAGAAAUGGACAUCACAGCUGUGGUGGUCGGAGCGGACAGGGUGGUUGCGAACGGCGACACGGCCAAUAAGGUGGGCACGUACCAGCUGGCUAUAUCCGCAAAGCACCAUGGGAUUCCCUUCUAUGUGGCCGCGCCCAGCACGUCGUGUGACCUGAGCCUGGAGAGUGGCAGGGACAUCAUCAUCGAAGUGCGGCCCCCCGAGGAGCUCACCAGUAUAAACGGGGUGCCCAUCGCCGCCAAGGGUAUUGAGGUGUGGAACCCGGCGUUCGACGUGACCCCUCACCAGCUCAUCACAGGAGGCAUCAUCACAGAGCUGGGAGUCUUCCUCCCCUCUGAGCUCCAGGCAGCGCUCACCGGUCGCCUCACUGCCCUCUAGAGCCCCUCAGCCCCUCCUGCUGGUCCGUGUGCACCACUGCACCUUAACAUCAGAGACUCAUCUCACCACAGAACACACACAAAUUCACACACACACAAACACAGAGCAAUUGUUGCCGUUUCAUUUCAUUUUGAUAAAUGCACAGGCACUGUUACAAGUCAGUUGUGCACCCAGAAGACAAAAUGUUGUUCAGUCUCUUACUCACACACAAAUUAACUUCAGGGAGUCGAGCAGACACAUGUGCAGUCUCCCUUCUCUUUUCUGUCUGUCUUUUUGUGGUCUCUUCAUCACAAGUUUUUCCAAGUUUUCCACACUGUCUUUCAUUCUCUCUUGCCGCCUCUUUUUCCCUUCUAAAAGCUCUGCUUAGCUGGACUCUCUUUCUCAAAUUCUAUUUGGCUGUUUUCAUGAAUCAUAACUGAGGUAAUUGUUCAGGGGUUCUUCAAAUAUAAACAAAACACCUCCACAAAGGCUAAAGCAUGACUGUUCUUUCCGAAGUAGUGACUUUGAUUAGCCGUGGUUUCUAAAAUGCUGCUACCCAUUUGUAAAUAAACAUAUCCUUGCUGGUAAUGUGUACAUAUGUAGAAAAAUAACCCCUGCUAGUAAAAGGUACUAUUUUAACCAAAUAUGUGGUUAUUUAAAAAUUGAAUUUGACAUCAAAAUGUUAUAUUAACAUUUAAUUUCUUUUGUUCUGUGUUGAAAACCUUUUCUAGAGGAAUAAACCAAAUUUAUAGUAGAUUUUCACAGCCACAAAUUCUUAGUGAAAAUAAAAAUCCUGUGUCAAUGACACUUUUUAUCCUGUUCGGCCAAAACAAGAACAGAAUUUCUCAAUCAGUCCUCGUUAGUCAGCUGAAGCCUAUGGAAAGACAAGGCUGUAUAUAUACCUCACUAAUGAUUUCUGUCAUGUAAUUCCCAGUUCCACCAUGUCAUACCACAUUUGUAUUAUCAUAAUGUACUUGUUCUGUACAACCAUACAUGUGUCGGCACCAUAUUGAUAUUCACUGUACCACGGGACGCACUGUAAGAAUGAAAACUCUUUAAAAAGGAAUUGGUUUCAUAUUUCGCUGUAACAGCUUUCACCUGAUAGCUGAUGUGUUUGUUCAUCACUAUUAAAGGAAUAGUUCACCCUGAGAGUAAA